AUGGCAGCGCGAAAGGCUCCCAUAGAGUCAAUCAUCACUGUCGAGCCGGUUCCAGAAGAUGGCCCAGAGGUCUUCCAAAGCGUGAGUGGCCUUCAUGACCAGAAAAACGCUCGGUCUGUCUUUGGUGGGAUCCUCAUCAGCCAUGCCAUUGGCGCCGCCAACCAGACCGUGCCCCCAGAAUAUGUCGUUUGCUCGUCCAAGUCGUCAUUCAUCCGCCCAGCAGCAGGCGAAGAGACGAUCAAGUACGCGGUCGAGAGAACGGCAGACACUCGUGGAUAUCACCCGCCUCGUGCGCGCAUACCAGGGGCCCGAGAAGCUGCUUCUAGCAAGAAGAGCUCGGCUACUCGCAACAUCCUCACCUAUGGCCUGCCUCCGCCAGACCUCGGUGGGAUCAAACCCGACGACAUCGCCAGAGCUUCCCUGCCGCAGAUAAUUCACUGGUCAACCAAGCAAGACUUCCCGGUGCAUGACCGCAACUAUCUCAAGUUCAGAGAACCAUGUGACUGGCGCCCGCGCGAGUUUACCGCCCUGACGAGCCUAAGGAAUUCCGGAUAUAGCCCUGGGAUGCAUAUGGCGGCAAUAGGUUAUAUAUCGGAUUCGUACAUCAUUGGGCCUUCGCUUUACGCAAACAUGAGCAAGGUGGGUCGCAUGAUUGAAAAUGUGGCCAUGGCGGUCAGUUUGAACCACAGUGUGGUCUUCCACGACUUUGACGCGAAGGCAGAUCAAUGGAUGGUCUGCGAGAGAAAGUCCUCCUGGGGCGGCGAUGGCAGAGUCCUGACUCACCAGCGAAUCUGGAACGUCGAGACGGGCGGCCUCGUCAUCUCCUGCACCCAGGAGGGCAUUGCCCGGAUCAAAGACGGUUCAUUCAAGCUCUAG